AUGGAGAGGGGCGUGUUGCCUGAGAAGCCGGAAAAUAACGCGAUACUCUUUACCAAGGAGCAGUUUAAUGCUGGGCUUCGAUUCCCUGUCCCGUCUCUGCUCAAGGAAUUUCUGCAUUUCACCCAGAUUCCUCCAGUGUACGUACAUCCCAACAUGAUCCGGGUGCUGAUGGGGUGCAGCAUCCUGAGCAUGCUGUUCAACUUGGACCUCUCAUUACUGGAGGUUCUUUUCGUUUACUCGAUCAAGAAAGUGAAGAGUAACAUCUUCAGCUUCGUCGCCAGCCUUCCAUCCCUGCAACUGGUGACAAACCUACCAGAUUCGAAUAAAAAGGCCGCCAAGGGGCAGGUGCUGGUCAAGGGCGUAUGGGCAGGUUUGUCUGAGCAUCCGGACAGGCCCUUUGUUCCCAAUCAGUCACUGAAGAUUCCAGACCAGGAUAAGAGAGGAAAACUGGUGGAGUGGGUGGAGAAGGCUUCGUUCGAUCGUUUGAACAAGCUUUUUGAAAUAACUUCAGCCGAGCGGAGAUGCGAACUGCUUCUUUCUGCGCAGAACCUCCGCUUGAUCGCCCAGCAGCCUCAGGCAUACGUGCUGAACAUACUUCCCAGGCGGCUGCCUGAAGAAGUAUGCCCGGGAAACGCAAGGCCCUUCUCAACGAUCGGAGAAAGAAAAGACAAGAAGGCUUCUGCGGAAGGCUCCGGGUGGGAAACGGACUGCGUCCUCUCCGCCUGCUGGGCCCUCGUGGCGCCAGACGUUCGGAUGGCUCUUCUGGCUGAGGAAGCAGCUUCAAUAAAUCAACCCGGCUCAGCUCACCCGGAUGAGGUUGCCGACUUGCCUCCUGUUACACCCCCAACAGGAGAGAUGGGGGCAGAUAGCCAGGAGUUGCCUGUACAUGAGCCAAGCCCUCGUCCUCUUGUGCCUGUGAAGGGGCCAACUAGGAGAAGUUGCGUCUGGUUCCGGUUCUGGCUCCGGCUGAGGUUCCAGUUCUGGCUCCGGCUGAGGUUCCACCCAGAGAGGCCCAGCCGGUUGAGAAUGUUGAAGGUGUGGUUCCGGAGGAGGAAUCACUCUCCAAUGCCUCCUUGGGAGGGUCCUUUUGAUGAUGCCACUUUCAUCCCUGCUAACCCUUUCAGUUAUGCGGAGAUGGAAGAGAAGCUAAAACAGAUUCCCUCUGUUGCAGACGCUGGGGUACCUUCAGCCCUGAUGUUCGAGACAGUAGAGACGCUGGUGAGUGGCCUUCGCGGUAUGGUUCUUCAACGCAAUCUUCUUUCUGACCUGCUGGAGACUGCUGAGUAUACAAAAUCUUUUGUGUCUCAGCGAAAAAAUGAUGAAGAGAAAUUGCGCUUGAGAGUGGAGCAGGCUGAAGCCAGUUCAUCUACUGCUCGAGAGGAGAACAAGGUUCUUCGGGAGGAGAACGAGGUUCUUCGAGAGAAGAACGAGGUUCUUCGAGAGGAGGUUGCUGAGGUAAAGAGCCGGGAGGAUUCUAUGGAAGUUCGCCUGUUUGAGGCGGAGGAGGAGAUGGCUCUUUUGAGGAGGGAGGUGAGGCACCUCCGGACAGAGGUGUCUAUUGAGAGACGGCAGAGAGAAGAGUUGCAGUUGCGUUUGUCAACGCAAAAGGAAGAGCUGGAGGGUGAAUUUGCUGCGGAGAGGGGGGAACUUGAAGCGGAGUACCAGAAGCAAGUUGAUGAAAUGUACUUGUUCGGCUACCGCUGCUGUAUGAAGAAACAUGGCAUCAAACGGGACGUUCCUUCAAUUCCUUCCGGGUGA